CGCUCCCAGCGAGUCAUGUCAAGAGAAGCAAACAUGAGCAAGUGAGCAGGGAAAACAACCUGUUGAUCCAAAUUCGAGCUGGAACCUGUUAAGAAAUGAGAGCCGUCCUGGUCUGGAAAGAAACAACACGUCAGCAUUGUGUUUACGACCUUGCCUUCAAGCCAGAUGGCACCCAACUAGUAGUGGCAGCAGGCCUCCAUGUUCUGGUUUAUGACACAACAGACGGAACAAUUAUUCAGCCUUUAAAAGGACACAAAGAUGUAGUCUACUGUGUUGCUUAUGCCAAGGAUGGAAAAAGAUUUGCCUCUGGCUCGGCUGACAAGAGCAUAAUAAUAUGGACAUCUAAACUGGAGGGUAUUUUAAAGUACACACACUACGAUUCCAUCCAGUGUGUUGCCUACAACCCAGUUACUCACCAACUCGCAUCCUGUUCCUCGGGGGACUUUGGCCUUUGGUCGCCAGAGCAAAAGUCGGUGAACAAACACAAAGUGAGCAGCAAAAUAACAUGUUGCGGGUGGACCAACGAUGGGCAAUACCUUGCUCUCGGUAUGAUGAAUGGAGUGGUGAGCAUUCGGAACAAGAACGGUGAGGAAAAAGUCAAGAUAGACCGCUCGGGAAGCUCGUCCGCUCCAGUCUGGUCCAUCGCUUGGAACCCCUCCAAGGAUGAGCAACAUGACAUUCUGGCCGUGGCUGACUGGGGUCAGAAGCUUUCCUUCUAUCAACUCAGUGGAAAGCAGAUUGGAAAGGACAGGACUCUGUCCUACGACCCGUGCUGCGUCAGUUACUUCUCCAAGGGCGAGUACAUUGUCAUGGGCGGCUCUGACAAGCAGGCGUCCCUCUACACCAAAGACGGCGUGCGACUGGGCGUCAUUGGAGAGCAGAAUUCCAGGGUGUGCACCUGCCGGGUCAAGCCUGACUCCAAUUUUAUGGUGAUGGGUUGCCAAGAUGGGACUAUCGCCUGCUACCAGCUCAACUUCAGUACAGUUCACGGCCUCUACAAGGAUCGCUAUGCUUAUCGAGACAACAUGACUGAUGUCAUCGUCCAGCACCUCAUCACCGAAGGAAAAGUGAGGAUUAAGUGCGGUGAGCUGGUGAAGAAAAUCGCCAUCUACAAAAACCGCCUGGCCAUCCAGCUUCCCGAGAAGAUCAUCAUCUACGAGCUUUUCUCCGACGACUCUGCGGACAUGCGCUAUCGCAUCAAAGAGAAAAUCUGCAAGAAGUUUGAAUGCAACUUGCUGGUGGUCUGCUCCAAUCACAUUGUCCUGUGUCAGGAGAAGAGGCUUCAGUGUCUGUCCUUCUCCAGCGUCAAAGAAAAAGAAUGGCUCAUGGAGUCGCUCAUUCGCUACAUCAAAGUGAUCGGCGGGCCGCCCGGCCGAGAAGGCCUUCUGGUGGGCUUAAAAAACGGAGCUAUCUUAAAGAUUUUUGUGGACAACCCAUUUCCCAUCACACUACUGAAGUUGUCAACGUCAGUGCGAUGCCUGGACAUGAGCGCCUCGCGAAAAAAGCUGGCCGUGGUGGACGAACAUAAUACUCUCCUCGUCUACGACAUUAUCAGCAAAGAACUGCUUUUUCAGGAGCCUAACGCUAACAGUGUGGCCUGGAACACUCAGUGUGAGGCGAUGCUGUGCUUCUCCGGCAACGGCUACCUUAACAUCAAGGCCAGCAACUUCCCCGUACACCAGCAGAAGAUGCAAGGCUUCAUGGUGGGCUUCAAUGGCUCCAAAAUCUUCUGUCUCCACGUCUAUUCUAUGUCCGCCGUGGAGGUCCCUCAGUCUGCACCCAUGUACCAGUACCUGGAGAGGAAGAUGUUUAAGGAGGCCCACCAAAUCGCCUGUUUAGGUGUGACAGACAGCGAUUGGAGAGAUUUGGCCACAGAAGCUCUGGAGGGCCUUGAUUUUGACAUUGCCAAGAAGGCCUUCAUUAGAAUACAAGACCUACGCUACCUGGAGCUCAUCAACAGUAUUGAGGCGAGGAAGAUGAGGGGCGAGAACGACAACGACCUGUUCCUGGCCGACAUCUACGCCUACCAGGGGAAAUUCCACGAGGCGGCCAAACUCUACAAGCGGAGCGGUCAGGAACCCAAAGCUUUGGGCAUGUACACUGACCUGCGCAUGUUCGACUAUGCCAAGGAUUAUGUCGGGGCGGCAGACCCAAAGACGUCGCGCAUCCUGAUGGCCAAGCAGGCCGACUGGGCCAAGUGCAGCAAGGAGCCUCAAGCGGCGGCAGAGAUGUACAUCUCAGCCGGAGAGAAUCUCAAAGCCAUUGAUGUUUUAGGAGAGCAUGGCUGGGCAGACAUGCUGAUAGACUUGGCUCGUAAGCUGGACAAAGCUGAGCGAGAACCACUGGCAAAAUGCGCUUUCUAUUUUAAGAAGCUGAAGCACCACGGCUAUGCCUCGGAGACUUAUUCCAAGAUGGGGGACUUGCAGGCCCUGGUGCAGCUACACGUGGAAACGCAGCACUGGGACGAGGCCUUCUCACUGGCAGAGAAGCAUCCCCAGUUUAAAAAUGACGUCUUUGUGCCUUACGCUCAGUGGUUGGCUGAGAACGACCGAUUCGAGGAAGCGCAAAAAGCAUUUCACAAGGCCGGGCGACAGAACGAAGCUGUCAGAGUGUUGGAGCAGCUUACCCAGAACGCAGUUGUGGAGAGGAGGUUCGAUGAUGCCGGCUAUUAUUACUGGAUGCUCUCCAUGCAGUGUCUUGACAUUGCCAGAGAAAAUGAAGAUCAGCGAGAGGAAAUGCUGAAAAAGUUUGAACAUUUCCAGACUCUUGCAGAGCUCUACCAUGUCUACCACCCUAUUCAGCGCUACACGGAUGAGCCCUUCAGUUCCCUCAUGCCAGAGACGCUGUUCAAUAUCUGCAGGUUCCUCCUGAGCAACCUCCCCAAGGACAACCCACCACCGGGUAUCUUUAAAAUUAAUACCUUGUACGCUUUAGCCAAGCAAAGUCGAAAACUGGGCGCCUAUAAGUUGGCCAGGCUUUGCUACGAGAAGCUCCAGAAGCUGUACAUUCCGUCUCGCUUUCAGGAGUGCAUAGAGCUGGACAGCCUCACCAUUCGGGCCAAACCUUUCCACGACAGCGAGGAACUGACGGAAGCCCUGAUGUGUUACCGCUGCUCCAACAAACCGCUGUUGAACAACCAGGGGACAGCGUGCCUCAACUGCAAGCAGCCUUUUAUUUAUUCAGCCUCGUCGUAUGAGGUGCUGCCGCUGGUGCAGUUCUACUUGGAGGAAGGCAUCAGCGAUGAGGAAGCUGUGUCUCUUAUCGACCUGGAAGUUCCUCACACGGAGCAGACGGAUGCGCACUGGCAGCAUAUGGACAACGAUGCGCAGGUGUUAAAGAUGGAUGACGGUUUGGAUGAUGCCGAGGAAGACCCGUUCACACCCAAAAUGAUCUUUGAGCAGGGCGGCUCCAACUUUGUCCCCGUCAAGGUGAAUCGCUCUGUGCUGCGCUCCAUGAGCAGGAGGGACGUCCUGAUCAAGCGCUGGCCGGCGCCGCUCAAAUGGGAGUACUUCCGCUCGCUGCUUCCUGACGUCAGCAUCACCAUGUGUCCCACCUGCUUUAAGAUGUUCCACAGCGAAGACUACGAGCUUCUGGUGCUUCAGCACAACUGCUGUCCGUUCUGUCGCAGGCCCAUCGACGAACCAAACUGAUGGACGGGCUUCACGAUAUCAGCUGUUUGUCUCAACGUCGCCACCAUGGUGUCAUCAGAUAUGUAUUUUAUUUGCUGUAUAUUGCUUCACAUUCAUGGAGGAUGACCACCUGUCGAUUUCUACUGAGCGCUUAACUAGCCGCUUUUGGGUUGCGAUGAAUUUCAAAUUUAAAUCCCUGUGGAUUGUGUCACUUUAAAAGAGUCGCCUAAAAGAUGGCACAUUUCUUUUUCUUUUUUUACUUCUAUUUGUCAGACCUGCAAAUCCGCAUGUUUGUAUUCUCAAACUGUAGUAUAUGUUUUUAAAAUAUUAGUAUGUCAUUUGUUUUUUAGUCAUGAGAACUUAUUUUUAUACUCUUAUCAAUAAACAACAGUUUGCAAAAAGAGA